UCAAACCAAGCAAUCAACGAACAAGAUGAGUCUUACUGCUAAGGACAAGGACGCAGUCAAGGGCUUCUGGGCCAAAGUGGGUGGCAAGGCGGAGGCAGUUGGCACUGAUGCUCUUUCCAGAAUGCUGAUCGUGUACCCUCAGACCAAGACUUACUUCUCCCACUGGAAAGACUUGAGCCCCGGCUCUGCCCCGGUGAAGAAGCAUGGAAAGACUGUGAUGGGUGGAGUUGCUGAUGCUGUGGCCAAAAUCGACGAUCUGACAGGUGGUCUGCUUAACCUCAGUGAAUUGCAUGCCUUUACCCUGAGAGUGGAUCCUGCUAAUUUCAAGAUUCUCUCUCACAACAUCCUUGUGGUUAUGGCCAUCAUGUUUCCUGAUGAGUUCACCCCCGAGGUCCAUGUGGCUAUGGACAAGUUCCUGGCUGCUCUGUCCCGUGCUCUGGCUGAGAAAUACAGAUAAACAGCAAACAAGAGCAGGACCAGAUGAUGGGCAGCAUAAUCGACGCAGAUACACUGUAUCAGUCUGAAUUUUAAUUAAAGAGUCAUUGCAGUGAC